AUGAGCGGGAUCACUCUUCCCGCCAUCCCUGGGGCAUACCCAUCUUCUGUCAGGUCUCUUCCCCUGGGGCUCGGGCUCGGCAAUAACCAGGGUUCCCGACCCUCUAGCAGUGGCAGUGGAAGUACGUCGUUUACUCUCGUUCCUCAUGUUUAUUAUGACAACUGCCUGUUCCGUAGUCCGUCACGAUCCAGUACCCAUCGAACGUCCAGAUCCGGAACAAAAUUUCCAUCCUUACGACCAGGAAGGGUAAGUUUCUAAUUCUUCUAUUCUCCUUCGACGUCACAUGUCGCGAAUGACGUAAGAUCCAGGUAUUCGGCUAAGUACAGGAGCACCCCUGACGUGAGACAGAGACUCAGCGCGAACUCACCAUUUUUACCAAAGACAGCUACCGAGGACUGCCUGAAGUGUUUACUAAAGGUCCCACACAAAAAGUGUGAAUCGCACAAGUAUAUCCGUGUAGGGGGAGGUUAUCGCCAUGGUUACUGGUACGUCAAAUGUCUAUUGGAGGAACUGGAAUUACAGCGUCAAAGGGAACUCAUCAUGAAGCAGAGGCUUGAAUCUAUCAGAGAAAAGCAAAUGAAGGCCAUCAAGACGUAUAUACGUACGAAGAGCGGUCGAAUUGUAGAAAAAAUCAUUUUCCUGUCUGAGGAGGAUUAUGAAGCGUUUAAAGAGGGAAAAAAUGUGGAGGAAUUAUUAAAGAAAUACCUGUCGAAAGACGAAGCCAAAGGCCUGCAGUCGUGGGACAAAGAUGAAGUAAAAGCGAUUAAGACAAUGGUGAGAACAAAGAGUGGCAGACUCGUGGAGAAACUAGUAUAUGUGUCUAAGGAGGACUAUGACGCCAUCACGGCUGGCAAGGUAGAUGCGAAAGAACUAUUGAAGAAAUAUGCAAAGGAUGGUGAGGUAAUUGAAGGCUGGAAGGAAGCUGCCAUGAAGACCAUCAAAACCUACGUGAGGACAAAAAGUGGGAGAAUUAUAGAAAAGACUAUAAUGAUUUCUCAGGAAGACUAUGAUGCGAUGAUCAAGGAAGGUAAAAACCCAGACGACAUUCUGAAAAAGUAUAUAACACUGGAAGAAGGCCAACAGUUAGAGUCUUGGAAAAGCGCAGAACCAAUGAAAGCAAUUAAAACCAAAAUUCGAACAAAAAGUGGAAGGAUCAUUGAAAAAACAAUUUACGUAUCUGCUGAUGAUUACGAUAAAAUGAUGAAAGGCGGCGGAGAUCCAAAUGACAUUUUGAAAAAAUACAUGGGCGAGGAUGAAGGUACAAUCGAAGGAUGGACAAAGGCAGAUCCUACACCAAUGAAAGUAGUGAAGACAUAUGUGAGGACAAAGAGUGGUCGUCUUAUAGAGAAAGUAGUCAUGUUGACAGAGGAUGAGUACAAACAGUUCGUGGAGGCUGGGGGAGAUCCCGAGUUCCUUAAGAAAUUUAUUCAACUGGAAAAGGGAGAAGUGAUUGACUCUUGGGAGAAGGCUUCAACUGUAUACUCCGGAGGAUCAGAUCAUGAAAUGAUACAGAAAGCAAAAGUAGGCGAAAGGAUUGUUGGAAAAGAUGGCGCGGUUUAUGAAAUUGUAGUUGAUCCUCUCACAGGGAAAAAGUACAAAAAGAAAAUUGAAUCUGACGUAGACAGCGGGAUAGCUUCAAUGCAGAAAGGCAAGAAGGGCAGGAAAGGCAAAGGUGCUAAAGGAGAUGGCUUUGAUUCCGACGAUGAGACACCAGAAGAAAGACGGAAAAGAAAAGCCGGAGGUCGUAAUCCGGACAGUGAUGGAAGUGCAUACAGUUAUAAAAGUGUUGUGAGUGCUGGUGGAACACGGCAUGUUAGGCGCAGGCGUAAACGUGCGGACGGAACAUACAGCGAUAGUGCGUCAUACCACAGCUCUCAAGAUGAAGAGGGACAGGCCCGCAGACGGCGACGACGUCGUGAACGAAAACAUGGACCUGACAGUGCUAACAGUUACUACAGUGUCGUAAGUGAAGGAGGUACGCGACAUGUAAAGCGACGUCGGAGGCGAGGGGAUGGUACAUACAGUCGUAGUGUGUCUUAUCAUAGUUCUGACAGUGGAAAGGAAGGAGGUAGGUUAGCCGACAAGAAAAAGAAGAAGAGAAGGGAGCAUGGGCCUGACAGCGACUACAGUUAUGAGAGCGAAGUCAGUGCCGGUGGCACACGCACGCGCAAACGGAAGAAGAAAAUCAGAGAUGCAAAGGGCAAUGUCAUCGGUUAUGGUUCAUCUGAGAGUUAUACAAGUGACGAUGAAAGUGUAUACACAACAGUAUCAGAUGGCAAGGGAGGUAAAAUAAGGGUAAAGAAGGAGAAACCAGGCAGGGGAGGGAAAGGAGGAAAAGGAGGAGGAAAAGGGGGAAAAGGCAAAAAGAAGCUUGACCCAGUUUUUAGCGACUGCACGACUGAUGACGAUGAUGUAGAUCUGGAAAAUAUGACAGAGGAGGAGAAGGUAGCCUACUUUAAAGCCAAAGCUGAAAGAGCAGCAGCCAGAGAAAAGAGGAGAAGGGAGAAAUACGGGGACAAAUACGACGAAAUGGUUGCCAAACACCAAGAAUAUAAAAAAGCUAAGGCCAAGGAGAAAAUGAAGGCUAAAAGACUUCAAGAACUGAGGGAGAAAGGCCUCAUCAGUCCAUCCUCUGAUUGGACAAUUGACUCCGACACAGGCGAGCCAUUGAGGAAGGCGGAAAAAGCGAAAGUGGAGCAGGAAAAGAAAAGGAAGAAACUCCAGGAGUUGAGAGAGAAGGGUCUGAUUAGCCCGUCGUCUGAUUGGACGAUCGGAUCUGACGGCGAACCUGCCCGUAUUAGUGACCUCAUCAAGCAGGGUAAAAGAAAGGCAGAGGAUUAUAAAAAGGGGGGUAAAGGAAGACGAAAAGGAAAGGACGGCAAUGAUGCUGAUGACGAAAAUGACGAAGAAGAAGGGCGUCGGGGUCAAAAAAGGCAAGUUUUAAGAAACAGCUGGUUUAUAAGUAAAAAGGGCGGUGAGGAUGAUUCUGACGAGGAACAAUUCGAAGUAGGACCGGACGGAAAGAUUCGCCUUAAGAAAGGAAAGAAGAAAAUAGAUAUAGAUAAGCUAACAGCAGACGACUUAAGGAAGCUGGGUAUAGACCCUAAUCUUUCCAAGGAGGAAAUCGCCAAAAAACUCCAGGAAAAAUUUGGGGAUGAUGUCAAGAUAUUCCAAGGAAAGAAAAAAAUUCCAACAAAAAGGGCAUCGGAAUAUGGAUCAGAUGCCAGGUCUUCUGAUUUGGCUAAGGACAGUGAUUUGGAUGUUGAUACGUUGGUUGGGACAAAGCGCGUCAAUGUUAAGAUGAAGAAAGGAGGUCAGGCUUUGAUAGACCACAUGAAGAGCAUUCUCAACAUGUCAGAACUAAAGGACGCCGAAUCUGCCAAGGAUUUAGACGAGCGAGGUGACAUCGAUUUCGUUUCCCACUACCGACUUGUUGACCCCAGCAAGAUAGAGGGAUAUGCCCGGGCGUUUGUGGUUGAAGACGAUGACAUGGAUCAGGUGCUGUCUUACAAAGAAACUCGAACUGCCCUCAACGGUAUCCCCACUAUACAAGCAAUGACAACAAAACAACUGGAAUACGUUUUAAAGGUUCUUAAUUUAGAUGACGCAACUCAAAUGACAUUCCGGAUGUUUGCUGUAGUAUCAGCUUUAUGUGAGAGGGUGACAUCAAUGGACUCCGUCAGUAAACACCUUCUCGAGAUUUGUGACCUUUUAGAUAUUCAAAGGAAGAUGGGUCUGUAUAAAGCAAUGUUCUACUGCAAUGUGGAAUCCGACCGCACGUCAAACUUUAUAAAAGCCGAUUCUUUACGUAUAGAGCUGAUAGCUGGAGGAUUAAAUUGGAAACAACAGGAACACGUCAUGGCUAGACUACACCCUAAUGUGUAUAAUGAGAUAUCCUUUCUUGACUACCUCGUGUACGUACCUCUCUUCUUGUCGAUGCACGAUAACAUUGUUGACAAUCCAUUGGAUAUGUCGGAUCAAAAAUACAACCAGAAACUACGCCAGCUCUCUGGUGGCACAAGACAACGAGACAUGAAUCCACUCGGAAUGCCUCUCCGAAAAACAUCAACAUUCCAGCUUCGGAAGCAGGCACAGGAUCUAAUCGAGGGCAAGAUUGACCCUAAUAAGCUGAAAGGAGAGAAGGUUGAACUCCUCAACAAAUAUGCAACUAAGUUAGGAGCAGCGGGACGAAGAGGAAGCAAAAAUCUAGCCAAGGGAGGAAAAGUUACUGGGAAGGACAGAAAGCAUGCUCUUAAGGCAGGUAAACGAGACAAUGAUAGCGAUAGUGACUACAGCUAUAGGAGUGUAGUGAGCGCCGGUGGUACACGGCAUGUCAGGCGCAGGCGCAAACGCGCCGACGGCACAUACAGUGACAGUGAUUCGUUCCAUAGCAGUCAAGAUGAAGAGGGCGAGGCACGUCGGAGGAGGAGACGAAGAGACCGUGAGCACGGAGCAAACAGUGCACAUAGCUACUACAGCGUGGUGAGCGAAGGAGGGACACGUCAUGUUCGCAGGAGGAAACGACACGAGGAUGGAACAUACAGUGCAAGUGAGUCAUACCAUAGUUCCGAAAGAGAGGACCCAGAUGAUGAGGACGGUAACGGCGAUGAAGAACGAGAAGAAACUAGUCGUUUGUCUAAAGACAGUGGUAACGAUAGUGAUUCUGAUGACUCUUCUACCGAUUAUAGUUACGCAAGUGAAACAAGCGAAGGUGGUACAAGGUAUCAAACCAAACGGAAACGGAUACGGGAUGAAGAAGGCAAUAUUGUUGGCUAUGGGGAGACUAAACCCGCAGGGAAAGCUAUCAGUGAUACAGAAUCGGUCAAAACUCGAAGAGGUUCUGUUGACGAAAGGACUGAUAAAUCCCUACAAGAUAAUCCUGUGGGCCACAACAAGGCCCAUUCAGACAUGGGGGUGCCUGACUCCAACAAUGAUAUUACUGGAGAGGAAAAGUGGCCUGGACUAGAAGCGGACGAAAAAGUACCAUCAGAUUUCAGUGACGCUACAACGGAUGAUGACGUCGACUUAUCCAAAAUGACAGAAGAAGAAAAGAAAGAGUAUUUUGCGGAAAAGGAAAGAAAGAAACAAGCAAGAGAGAAAAGACGUCGGGAGAAAUAUGGAAGUCGUUAUGAUGAAAUUAUGAAGAAGAAAGAACAGAAACGUUUAGAACAACUAAUAAAAGAGCAAAAAGAAAAGGACGAACAAGAACGAUUGGACAAAGAACAAGCUGAAAAAGAACGUCGUAAAUCGUCAUUGAGACGUUCAUCUCUGGUUUCUGGGAAACCGAGAGAACCCCCAAAAAGUAUGGUGACGUAUGAAAAGGGAACACCAAGAGAAUAUGGACCUAAAAAGUCAGCUGAUAAACGGGAUCACGGUCUAGGACACGAAUCAUGGGGAAAGAAAGACAAAGAGGGUCGGAGCAGACGCGGAAGUGAUAGCAGCAUGAACGAGGGUAUAAUGCCAAAGUUUAAGAGAGAGACAACGAUGCUUCAGAAACUCCCUCCCAUUCCACAGGGCAAGCUUUACGCUGGAGUCAACAUAUCGUCACCUAAAGCUUAUUUCCGUUUGAAUCUAGAUGAUGGUACUGGACAGAAAAGUAAGAAUGUUAAGCCGUCUAUGGUGGAUAAGGAAUCAACAAUGGAUACAGAUGAAGCCCAGUUUGAAAUCGUUCGAGAUGAAGACUCUGGAGAUGACAAUAAGGAGUCCAAAUCACAACCACCACCACCACCACCGGAACCCGUUGUAGAGGUUGGAGCUGAUGGAAAACUGCGGUUAAAGAAAAAGAAGAUCGAUCUCAGUGAACUAGAUGAUGACACUCUCAGGAGACUUGGAAUCGAUCCAUCUCUAUCGGCUAUCGAGAUAGCUAAAAAGCUUAAGGAGAUGUUUGGAGAUGAUGUGAAGCUGACUAUUGGAGGGGAGGUAAUCGGUACCAAGGGGGUAGAUGAAUACGACUCGGAUAUGAAUGAUGAUCAACUGGCUGAACAGGAAGAUUUGGACCUUACAACGCUUAAAGGAAAGAGACGGGUGAAUGUACUCUUCAAACGAGGUGGAUCAGCACUGAAGCGACACCUACAAAGAAUAAUAGACGACUGUACACUUCUGGAACGCGCCAAGCGAAACUUGGACGAAAGAGAUUCAUCUAUAGACUUCCUUGCGCAUUAUCGGUUAGUUGAUCCUACAAAGAUCGAUGGGUACGCAAAAGCAUUUGUGAUAGAAGACGAUGAUUUCGACACUGUUAUAAAUCUUAACGCGUUACAAAUUGCCUUGGAGGGCAUUGAGACAUUGAGUAAGAUGACUCCAAAACAACGUGAAUACGUCAUUAGGGUCCUUCAUAUUGAUGAGGCAACGGAAGUGACGUUCCGGAUGUUCUCUGUGAUAACAGCAUUGUGUGAGCGCGUGACAAACAUGGACUCCCUAAGUCAACACUUACUUGAGAUAUGUAGUAUGGCGGAUAUUGAACGUAAGAUGGACCUUUACAAAGCCAUGUUUUACCAUAAUAUCCCAUCUUACCGAAACAACAACUUCAUUACGUCUGAAUCCUUGAAAAUCGAGAUGAUUGCAGGAGGACUCAACUGGAACCAACAGGAUUUUGUCAUGGAAAAAAUGGAACCAAACAAAUAUGGAGAGAUAUCGUUCCUGGAUUAUAUGUGUUAUAUACCGCUGUUCCUCUCCCUUCAUGACAACAUUUGUGACAAUCCUUUGGAUAUGUCGAACAAGAAGUACCAGAUGCCACCUCGAAAGCGCCCUCCUUCGGUUCAAAGAGAUAUGAAUCCUCUCGGAAACCCUCUUAAAAAGACAUCGACCCAUAGGAUGAAGGCCAGGUCUUUAGAGGUAUUCGAAGGGAAAAUACCGCAGGAAGACUAUUCGAGAGAUUAUUUGGAUAUGCUGAGUAAAUACGCAAGGUUGCCGAACAUAUUCACCAACACCAAUAAACGAAGCGGAUCGGCAUCCAGUAAUAGCGAAUCUGGAUCCUCAACGUACAACAUGAUCUAUUGA